AUGGAAAUUCAAAAUAUUGUUGACCUUAUUACUUCAACUGAUAGUUCUGACAAUGAGUUUGAACCCCAAGUUAGACGCCCACGUGUAUUUAAAGAAAGACGCAAUUAUUUACUUACUAUGAACAACGAGGAGUUUAAAAAACGAUUUCGAUUAUCCAAAAAUGCAGUGGUUCACAUUAUAGACCAAAUCCGAGACAAAAUUGCACAUCGAACAGAUCGGAAUAAUGCGGUAUCGCCUGAAAAUCAAGUAUUCUUGACACUAAGAUUUUAUGCAUUGGGGACAAUUUAUCAAGCAGUAGGAGAUUUUGUGGGUGUUAGCACGGCAACUGCUGGAAGAAUUAUACCCAGAGUUACUCAUGAGAUAGCUAAGAUGAGGAAAGAUAUUAUACGCAUGCCUUCUACCCAAGAAGAAAUUAAUCAAGCUAAACUUAAUUUUUUUUCAAUCGCUAAAUUUCCCAGAGUUAUUGGUGUAAUUGACUGCACACAUGUAAAAAUUUUAUCUCCAGGGGGAGAUAAUGCAGAAAUUUUUCGAAACCGAAAAGGAUACUUUUCUAUCAACGUACAAAUUGUAGCUGGAGCUGAUCUAAAAAUUAAAAAUAUAGUUGCUCGAUGGCCGGGCUCAGCACACGACAGUAACAUAUUUUCGAACUCCCGAAUCAGAGCCCAAUUUGAAGACAAUAUGUUUGGAGACGCAUUAUUGCUUGGAGAUAGUGGGUUCCACUGGAGUAAGCAAUUAUAUGAUGACAAUUUUAAAUGA